UGCACCCUACUACCACACCUACACUCCCCCACCACCUUCACCUUCAAGGUUCCUUCUUACACCAUCACCGCCCUUUCUCUCUCUCUCCUCUCUCUCUAACCCUCCCCGCCGCCGCCGUCACCGUUUAAUGUCUCCGGCGGCGAUGGCAGCACACCACCACACUCCAUCAUCUCAAUAAAAAGUUCAAAAAUCCCACACCAUAUAUUCAAUAUAUAUUUCAAACCAACUUUCUUAAAGAAAAUAAAGAAAAAUUGUGUUUUUAUUGUUCAAGAAUUAACAAGCAAUUGCAAUGGAAUCAUCAUCUUCUGCUUCAACAAGAUUACCCACGUGGCUUGAAUCUUUACUCUCGGAAACAUUCUUCAAUGCUUGCAUGGUUCAUGAAGAUGUUAAAAAGAAUGAGAAAAACAUAUUUUGUCUUGAUUGUUGUCAAGCUAUUUGUCAUCAUUGUCUUGAUGUUCAUAACUCUCAUAGGCUUCUACAGAUAAGAAGAUAUGUGUAUCAUGAUGUUAUAAGGGUUGGUGAUGCAGAAAAGUUAAUGGAUUGUUCUUAUGUUCAAGCUUACACUACAAAUAGUGCAAAAGUUGUGUUCUUGAAUCCAAGGCCACAAACAAGAGCUUGUAGAAAUUUAAGUAACAAUUGCAUAAGUUGUGAAAGAGGCCUCCAAGAUCCAUAUCUCUUCUGCUCUAUUUCUUGCAAGAUUAAUCAGAUCAUGAGGAACAACGGCAUGAUGUCAGAAUACCUGCACGAAUGCGAAAUUCUAACGCUACCGGAACCGGGUUCCGACGACUGGUUUAUCUCACCAGACCCAGUUUUAGAACCGGUUCUUUCCUCAAGAGCUUCAUCCGGUUCAACCGCUAGUUGCGUUGACGUUGACCGUUUGACCAUUGCCUGCACCGCCACUACAGAAAUAGUACGGAAAAAAAGAACUUCAAAGUUUGAGAUUCCGGCGAAUAAUCCGGUAGAAACAGCCGUUAACCGGCGGAAGGGGUUGCCGAGACGGUCGCCGUUAAAUUGACGGUUCCGUACGGUUGACAGCUAAAAGAGUACGAGUUGACAGAAGGGUGUCUAAAGGGCGGUGAGGUGUGAUUGAUAUUUUGAAUUUUUUUUUUUGUUAUUAUUUUUUUUCUUUUUUACAGAUAGGUGGUUUUAGAAUGAUGGAUGAUACGCAUGAGCACCUCACAGUUUUGUUUAUUACCCAUGCACCCUUUUGUUUUGUUUAACUUUUGUUGUUUUAAUAUUCAGAAUGGAUCCUCGAUA